AUGGAAGCAAGCAGAUGUAAUGGGGAGGAGAAGGUAGAAAAGAUGUCCCAGAUCAAGCAUUCUAUUCAGAUUUAUAACUACAACUACCUGAUGCCAACAGUUAUUGCUAUUCCCUUGUACAAAGCUGCUGUCAAUAAGGGUAUUCAGGCAUUGAGUACCAAUAUGCAAAAGUAUGAAGCUGAGGUAAAAUUUGAGGAAAGAUUGAGGAGUAAGAAUAAGCAAUUCUUCCAGAAUCUGCAGUUCUAA